UCUUCCUGGCAACUUUCACCUGGCUUUCGAUUGUCCAUUUGAUAAUUGAAUCUUGCAUGUAUCUACAAUCUGUAUUCAUUGUUAUUGAUAACCACUUGUUACAUUAUCAAACCAAUCUGCAUAUCAUUGGAAGUAAUCAUCACGUUUUAAUGUCCAUUCGUUCGGUUUACAUGAAGGCAAUAAUAGCUACUCGCCAACUCGAUAAAUUCAACAGAUAUCUCAUAUUUGGUUUCUAUGUUUAUUACACUGGAUAUUGUUUGACCAUUUUUGGUCGAUUCUUUUACGUAGCAAAUGGCUCAACUGCUGGUAAUUUUAUAAGGUUCAUUGGUGAAUCAGCUUACGUUGCUGUAGUGACUUAUUAUCUGGUCCGUAUUAACAAAUUGUCAAUCUCUGUCUAUGAUAGAGUCUAUUCAUUCACAUUGAUGAAAAAUAAAACCAAUGAGUUCAUUCAUGAGGUGAACUUUUUCUUGAUGCGAAUAAAUCAACAUGAUGUUGGCUUUACUUUUGGUGGAUUAUGUAUCAUAACAACCAACUUUGUGUCAACCAUUCUCACUAUUGCAUUGACAUUAGGUUUAGGUUUACCAAGUCUUUUCACUCAAAUGGACCAUCUUUGAAAUGCAAAUUCAUGUUGACAGAAUUAUCAUUAUCACUUUGAUUACGACACACUUUAUAAUUGUUUGCUUUUAUCAGGUCCAUAAUGAUGACAUACUUAAUUAUCACAGAAAAAUAAACGUAUUUCAUUGCCAAAUAUAUCGUUGCAGAACGACAAAAAUGUAAGCUAACAUUUUAACGAUGUGGAGUCAGUGAAGGGUUUUACAAUUUGUCUUUGUUGUGACCAAAUAUCAAGAAAAGGCUCACUCGGUUUAAUUACUACUGUGUUGUUUUUGUUGUGUUAUAAAAGUAAUCCAUUUUUCAAUUUAACGAAGAUCAAUAAAUACUUAUAGUUGCAUCAAAUAGGAAGUAAUUACAUAAUACAAAUUGACUUCGUGAUUAGAAAAAAAUAGC